GUAUUUAUAUAGUUGUAAACCUUACAUGUGACAACAAAACAUUUCGACAUUUCGUAUUUAUAAUUUUACGUUUCAAUGGUUGUAAAUUAAAAAUUAAUAUUUUGUUACAUUUAUAUUAUAAAUUAUAUCUGAUAAUUAAUUAAACAUAAAAUGGAAACUCAACAAAUAACUAAUUCGCGUAGAAAAAUAUUAAACUACGUGAUAAGUGGAAUUUUAACCGAAAGUGAAUUUAUUACUUGUGAAAAACAAGUAAUGGAGACAUUAACGGAGAUGUUACAGUCAUUUCUAGUUCAAAUUGGAGAAUCUUCCAGAAAUUUUUCUGAGCUAGCUGGCAGGACAGAACCCUUGAUAGCAGAUAUAAUUUUAGCGCUCAUAAAUAUGGGUUUUAAAUUGGACGGUCUUACUAAGUACGCAAUGAGGCAAAAUCGUACAACAUUGCCACCGCUGCAGCCACAAACUCAGUCUAAGCAGAUGAACAUGCUUCCUGCUGGUGAAAAACAACCUCAUCCGCCACAUGUACCAAGCUAUCUCCCACAGUUUCCUGAUCCUCAUGCAUAUAUUCGGACUCCUACUCAUAAACAGCCCGUCACGGAGUAUGAAGCCAUUAGAGAGAAAGCAGCUUCUCAAAAAAGAGAUACUGAACGAGCAUUGACAAGAUUUGUCGCUAAAACCAGCGAAACUCACAGUCUGUUCUCGUCUGAUGACAACAGCGCAUUCUUAUUAAUCGCUUGUAAGCCGCAGUUUCCACCUUAUCUCUCUGCCUUGAUGCCACAAGAUCAAGUUUUUGAACCAGAGACAGAGUUCGACUUUGAAAGAACUGCUCCCGUUAAAAAACGUAAAGAAACGAAGACCAAUGAUGAUGACAAUGAUGAUGUGAAAGAAGACAUUGCCGUGAAAUCAGAGCCUACGGAAAUGGGUGAAGAAGUGUCGACCCAGCAAGAAAUUGAUAAUCCUUAUUUAAGGCCUGGUAAAAUUCCACAUAAUAAAGUGGCUGUGAGUUAAAACUAAUCUUACUUGUAAAAUAUAAGUUUUAUUUAUAAUUUUUUUUAACAAACCUUUGUAAAUAAAUCUCCUGCAAUAUAAU